GUCAAAACCUUCACGUCACUAAUCAAGAACACCCAUCAUUGAUCAUCCUAAACCGAACAACCGGGACCAGAAGAUGGGAUUCCUGUAACGUGUGGUCAUCACAUUCCCCAAAUCUAAUAUACCUCUAUCACCUCUCCAAGAACCCUCUACAAACCCAUCUUCCGGCAAUGGCGACGGUGGCCAAAUUUCAGACAAUUCCACCGGACAGCCACCGUAGAACCACCCAACAGCCGCCCCCUCAACUGGGUUCCCGCCAAAGAUCAAUCUUAUUCCACCCACCACCUGUUUCCAGACAUGGGUUGCGUCUGCAACCUUGUAUGUCCUUCAAGACAGAUAAUGAUGUUGAUGAUGAUGAAAAAAGUAAUAAUAAGUUGUUUGGAGCUUUUAAAUCUUUGAUUUUCUCAAAGGAUAAUUCCAUUGAGAAGUUGGAGGAGAUCUUGUCAAGGGUUGCUCUGCAUUUAGGGAGGUAUAUUGUGACCAUGAUGAGUACAGGGGUUGUUUUGGCAGUUGGAUUUAAUUUGUCAGGUGGAGAUGGUCAGUUGAAUGAUUUGAUAUGGUAUAGUUGGGUUGGAGGGAUUAUAAUUGGAACCAUGAUUGGUUCGAAUAUGGUUUUGGAUGAAGUUAGCCGUGCUGGUCCGCGAAAUGUGGUUAUUACUGGAAGUACUAGAGGACUUGGAAAGGCUCUUGCGCGUGAGUUUCUACUUUCGGGUGAUCGUGUAGUUAUUGCUUCAAGAAGCAAAGAAUCUGUCGACAUGACAAUUAACGAGCUCGAGGAGAAUCUACAAGAAUGUUUGGCCACCACAAUGAGUUCAUCCAUGAAAAAGCUAUCAUAUGCAAAAGUGGUAGGCACAUCAUGUGAUGUUUGUGAUCCCGAUGAUGUUAGGAAAUUGGCAAACUAUGCUGUCGAUAAACUUGGUUCCGUUGACAUUUGGAUAAAUAAUGCUGGGACAAACAAAGGAUUCAGACCAUUGCUGCAGUUUAGUGAUAAAGAUAUAGAACAGAUUGUCUCUACGAAUUUGGUUGGAUCUAUACUUUGUACACGUGAAGCAAUGCGUAUCAUGGGAAACCAGCAUAGAGGAGGUCAUAUUUUUAACAUGGAUGGUGCUGGCUCUGGUGGAUCAAGCACCCCUUUGACUGCUGUCUACGGGUCAACAAAAUGUGGUCUUAGACAACUUCAAUCGUCACUAUUCAAAGAGUGCAAAAAGUCUAAAGUUGGAGUUCAUACAGCGUCUCCCGGCAUGGUUCUGACCGACUUGCUGUUGAGUGGAUCAAGUAUUCAGAACAAGCAAAUGUUCAACAUAAUCUGUGAGCUACCGGAGACGGUUGCUAGAACUUUGGUCCCACGCAUGCGGGUCGUAAAAGGAAGCGGUAAAGCAAUUAACUACUUAACCCCUCCAAGAAUUUUGCUUGCUUUAGUCACCGCUUGGUUAAGACGAAAGAGAUGGUUUGACGAGAAGGGAAGAGCAUUAUAUGCUGCAGAGGCAGAUAGGAUAAGAAACUGGGCGGAGAGCCGGACUCGAUUUUCAUUCACAGAUGCUAUUGAAAUGUACACGGAGAAUACGUGGGUGUCGGUUUUUUCACUUUCGGUUGUUUGUGCAUUCAUCAUCCUCUCUAGUACAGCCGGCGGUGCAUCACAUGCACAUCCGGGCACUUAGAUCUUCGAAUAUAAUAACCUGAUCCUGCUUGAUUAGCACAAGAUCCCGAAGAAAUGUAUGGGAUUUGGCUUCAAGUAACCAUGGAUGAUGAAUAUAAUCAAGUUGUAUGUGUGUAGAUACGGUCUGCGUAAAGAUAAUUAUACUUAACAAGACAGAAUGUUUAUCUGUUAAAGGAUGAGAACCAUCGUAUAGAUAUAUGUAUAUAUAAAAAGCGGUCGUCACCCGUAACCGUUAACUGUU